AUGACAGAACCAGAUUUUAAUAUACUUCAAAUGAUUUAUGAAAAGAAAAAAGCAGGAAAACCACUUUCAUCAGAUGACAAUUAUCUAUUAAUUAAUAUUAUUGAUUCUGUAAUGAAACCAACCCAAUUUUCUCAUCAAUUUGAUACGUUAGUAUUUGGAGAAAAUAUUCAACAAAAAGAAGAAUUGUUACAUGAACAAUCAUCUGUAUGUAAUAAAUAUUUAGGGCUAUGUUAUUAUAUUUGUGAUUGUGAUUCAAAUGAGACAUAUUAUUUUUGUGAGGAAUGUAAUAAAAAUCUGAAAGGACAUAAAAAACAUUCAAAAGGAAAAACCCGAUUAGAUUGUCUUUGUAAUUGUGGACGUUGUCAAUGUAAAAUAAAAGAAUGUAAACAUGAAACUUGUAUUCAUAAAAAAAAUUCAUGUCCAAGACAUAUGAAAGUUGUUACAACAGAGUCUAGAUGUAAAUAUUCUCAAGUAGAAAUUGCAACAUCACAACUAAUUAUAGAAUUGUUAGAUUGUUUAAAUUCAGGUAGAUUAGCUGAAGGAUUAAGAAUUACAGAAUAUUUAACAGAAAUAUUUGAAUCACCAUCAAUUUCUAGGUCAGCAUAUUUAUUCUUAGCACAAUGUGUUGUUGAAGAAAAAAAUAAUGAUUCACAAACAGAAGAUUUUAGUAGAUUUUAUCAAAUAACUGGUUCAGGUAAAAAUGCAUUUGGAGUAUUAUGUGAAUUUGCUGUUAGAUUAUAUUCAAAUGAUUUAGUAUUAUCAAGUUCAUUAAUUACUCUUAUUGCACAAUUAGAAACUAAAACAACAUUAUUGUCUCAAACACCACCAGCAAGAAAUUGUUUUUUUAUGGCAACAUAUAAUUAUAAUUAUCCUAUUUCAAUGGUUAAUGAAUUAAUUAAUAAAUUUUUAUUUUGUUUGAAUGGAAAUACUGUUCAUAUUAGUCCACAUGAAAUAAAUAUUGAUUCAAUAUUCGCUAUUAAUCAUUUAAUUGAUAUUAAAGACAAAAUUAUAAAACAAUUUAAAGGAAAAGAAUCUCAACUCAGAAAAUAUUAUUCUGAAUUUGUUUUCUCUUUAAAUUCUUUAUCAAAUAUUUUAGAAAAUAGAUUUUCUUCUGAUAAUUAUUAUGAAUUAUAUAAAUGUAUUAUUGACGAAAGUACUAUUCAAAAUACAUUUUCAGAAAGUUUAUUUAGUUUUACACCAAAACUUGAUUUUAGUUGUACUGAAAUGACAUCAUUAUAUUUAUUAUUACAAACUAAAUUAUUUAAUAUAACUCAUAUUUACUUUAAUGCUUUAAUUUUAAAUAUGAAAGAAGUAGACCCAAAAACAAAAAUAUGUGAUUCAAUAAAAAAUAGAUUAGACAGUUCUCUUAGAAAAACUGAUAGUAAAAAUAUUGUUAUUGGAACUAAUCAAUUAGGAAUCGGAAGUAAAAAUAGAGUUACUUAUGCUCCUUUAUUAAUACGUUGUAUGGCAUUUUUAUUACGUUGUAGAUUAUUAAUUGUUACUCAUCAACAAGAAACUUUUAGAAAUAAAAAAAUAAAACAACCAGAAAAACAAGAAACAUUACUUGAAUUAUAUACAAGAAAUAAAGAUUAUAAAAAAGAAUUUAUUAAUAUGAUGUACGAAUUUGAUAUUAUUGAUUUAUUUCUUAGAAAUUUAAGAAAUGAAUUAAAGAGUACAAAAGAAAUGAAAGAAGGGAAAGUGAUGUGGGUAAUGAAUUCUAUGAGACUAUUUUCAUUUGACCCAGUAUUAGGAAGAAGAUUAGAUUUAUUCAUGAAACAAUUAAUUUUUAGUCAAUAUGAUUUUAUUAGUGAUGAAUCUGAAAGAAAGAAACAUACUGAAGAAUGUUCUGUUAUUAAAAAAUCAGAAGAAAUAAAGUAUGUUCCAUAUAAAGUAGAAUUUGAUAUUUAUUAUUAUUUAAAUUAUAUUUAUUUAUUAGAAGAAAAUAAUAUUGAAAUGGAUUUUAUUGAUUGUGAUGAAAAAUAUAUUACUGCUUAUUUUUUGUUAUUUAUUGAUAUUGAAUUUGUUAAACCUUAUAUUAGAAACGCUUAUGAUGUUUCGAGAAUUAUGUUAAUUGGUAAUGUAAAAAAUUAUAUUACUGUAACUAAUGAUAAUGUAUUCUUUAGUGAAAAAGGACCACAAUUAAAUGGUGAUGUUAUUCGUAUUUCACCUUUUAAUUUUUCUAAAUUAAAAUUAUUUAAUCCAUUUAUACCUGAUUUUUUAGUAGAUAUUUAUCAAAAGAAUUGGUUAAAUACUUAUGCAUUUUAUGUUAAUAAUGGUAUUAGUUUUGAUAGAAUUAUUCUUGAUGAUCCUGUUAUUAAAAUACCAUUAAUGAAACCAGUUAUUACCAAAAUGAUAAAUAAAAUUAAUAUUCAUAAUUUACCUUCAUUAUGUCCAGAUAGUGAAAAAAUUGACUAUUCUUCUUUAAGUAAAAAAACUUUAAUCAAAAAGGUAAACCAAUCUUCAAGUCAAUUAAUUUAUUCAGAUAAUGGAAAUCAAUUAUCUUCUGCUUUAACUCAAUUUUAUAAUCAAUUUGCUAUUACAAUUAGAUAUGCUUGGAUUUCUUCUCAAUUUGUUCCAAGUAAAAAAGAUAAAGAAGAAUAUGAUGCACGUGUUGCUCAUGACUAUAUUUUAUGGGCUCAACUUAUUGAUAUUAGACAAAGAUUAUUAUCUGAAUUACAUAUUGAAUUAACUAAAAAAGAACAAACAAAUAAAAAAUUGUUUGAAAAUGAAAAAGCUGAACUAUUUAUUUCUCGGCUUAAUAAAGACGAAAAUGUUUUUCCUGAAAAUCAAAGAAUAAGAGGUAUUUGUUUGUUAUUACUUGAAAGUUGUUGUGAAAUUUUAAAAUAUUAUAAAGAAGGAAAAGUUUUUAAUUUGUCUUAUAAAAAUUAA